CAAAGUACAGAUAAGCAAAAUGGCAAGUUCAGUAGUUUUACACCAAAUUAGCCCCAUUUUUACAAUCGAAAAUCAAGAUUCAAAAUCCAAAAACAAACAAAAACAGCUACACCAAUCUCUUUUUCUCCUCCAUAUAAGUGGCCCAACAACAAGCCAACAACUGAGGCAGAGUCAACUAUCCUCUCCUUUUAUUUCUUAACAAACUCCCUUCCCAUGGCGGAUCUCAAGUCAACUUUCUUGAAUGUCUACUCCGUCCUCAAGAAACAGCUUCUUCAAGACCCCGCUUUUGAAUGGUCUCCUGAUUCCCGUCAAUGGGUUGAUCGGAUGUUGGACUACAAUGUGCCGGGAGGGAAGCUGAACAGGGGCCUCUCUGUCAUCGACAGCUACAAAUUGUUGAAAGAAGGACAAGAACUGACCGAGGAAGAAAUAUUUCUUGCAAGUGCUCUUGGCUGGUGUAUUGAAUGGCUUCAAGCUUAUUUUCUUGUUCUCGAUGACAUUAUGGAUGGCUCUCAUACAAGACGUGGUCAGCCUUGUUGGUUUAGGGUGCCCAAGGUCGGUAUAAUUGCAGCAAAUGACGGGGUUUUGCUUCGAAAUCACAUUCCCAGGAUUCUCAAGAACCAAUUCCGAGGGAAACCAUACUAUGUAGAUCUUCUGGAGCUGUUUAAUGAGGUGGAAUUUCAAACAGCCUCUGGACAGAUGAUUGAUCUGAUUACAACACUAGAAGGAGAAAAGGAUUUGUCCAAAUAUACUUUGUCACUUCACCGGAGAAUUGUUCAGUACAAAACUGCCUACUACUCAUUCUACCUUCCUGUUGCUUGCGCAUUGGUCAUGUCGGGUGAGAAUCUGGACAACCAUAUUGAUGUAAAGAACAUUCUUGUAGAUAUGGGUAUCUACUUCCAAGUACAGGAUGAUUAUUUGGAUUGCUUUGGUGAUCCCAAGACAAUUGGUAAGAUAGGAACAGAUAUUGAAGAUUUUAAGUGCUCUUGGUUGGUUGUGAAGGCUUUGGAACUUUGCGAUGAAGAACAAAAAAAAGCGUUACAUGAGCACUACGGAAAAGCUGAUCCAGACAGUGUAUCAAAAGUGAAAGCCCUCUACAAUGAGUUGAAUCUUCAGGCGGUAUUCGCCGAAUAUGAGAGCAAAAGCUACGAGAAAUUAGUAACCUCUAUUGAAGCUCAUCCUAGCAAGGCUGUGGAAGCAGUUUUGAAGUCUUUCCUAUCCAAAAUUUACAAGAGACAGAAAUGAGAAAUGAUGGUCAACAAUGCAAGUUUGUUUCCGAGUUGUAUUUGUAUUAAUUUUAAUUAAUCAAGAAUGAUGAUUAAUUUGCAUGUUAGCAUAUUGUUCAAACGUUUCGAUGUUA